GAAUGACUGAGAUUGUUUUGCAGUUGGGUGGAGAAAGAGACAUUUUGCAGCAGCAGUGCAAAGGAGAGCUUCACAGAGCAGUAGAAUUUGUUUUAGACUGGCAGAACAAAGCAGGUGAUUCCUAACUUGUAAAUAAACUUAGUAAUAUUAAUUUAUAUUUUUAUAGACUCUCUGGGAUAAGAUUUUCAAAGCCUGCAAACUUUUAGAAUAUGUCAGUAGAUGUAUUUCCAAAUCUCUUAGGGAUUUCUCAAACUUCUUUCAGUUUGCUUAUAGGAUUUUUUCCUGUAUUGAAUUGUGCUCUCAAAAACACAGACUAAACGUAUAGAAACCAUCCCUCUCUAAGUCCCUGUGUAAGCAACUGUAUCACUUGAGCUUUCCCCAUUAUCAAGCUUUUAUCUUUUCAUCUGCUUUUUGGCCAGUGUCAGAAAUGAGAUUCUGGCUCGAUAAAAUUCUGACUGAUCCAAUACAGGUCUUUAUAUAUUCUGAUAAAAAUCUAAGUUUGAUAAACCAAAAACUCAGUGGUGUGUUAAAGUCUGAAUCUCUCCUUAUACAAAAACUACACUGAUAAGCACGUUCAAGCAGGAUUUCAAUUCAGAAAUACUGUAAAUGAGGAGGAAAGAGAUCCAGGGUACUACCUAUCCUCUGGCCUGUUUUCCAUGAUUCUUGAAAAGAUGCAGAGGAAUAUUGAAUUAACUGGGAAAACCCUCAUGAAAAAGUAGACCUUUAUGUAAAAAAAUUUUUGUGUUUCUUUUGAUGUAUUAUGAAAAAGAUCACAAGCAAAUAAUUCUAAAUGUAAGGAAGAAAAAGCAGCAGCAGAAUUUAUGGAUGAAAAGGGUUCCUUUAGUGUAAGAAGAUAAAAAGUAUAACCUUCAACCCAAAGUACAUAAUGUGUUUUAUAAUACAUGAAAAUAAGAGAAUAUUAUCUGCAUUUUCUUUUAUCUGAAGUAUUUGUGGUAGCACCUUCUGUCUGUUCAUCUGAACUACUUGAGAAGACAAAACAUUUUUCCUAAAAUGUGUGAAGACAAAUUUAUUCAAGUUCCAGGAAGAGCAUUUUCCUUAAUAUCCAUUUCCUGUUUUCCAUUUUUUCUCUGCUUUUUGUUCUUUUAUCUAUUUGCAUUACUUAUUGUGUUUUGGGGAGCUACUGUAAGUUAUUCCUGAGCAGAAAGCUGGGGUUCGCCAGGAAAGAUUUUAAGCUUUAGAUUAAGAAGAACUUUCAGUGUUUGCAAGAAUUUGUUUCACUGCUCUUUCAAAUAGCCUCCCACUAUGUGGAUCCUGGAAAUUUUACGAGAAGUUUGUGGCAGUGUCUGGCAUUCAUUCCUGUGUUGAGUAGUAAAUUUCUCAGAGAAGAGCCUGUGAAAUUGAUCUCUGUGAAAAGUACUGUUACAUUGGCAGGAAUAGUAGACUUCAUUCCCUUUUAACAGCAAGAUUUUAAAACUGCCUUGGACUCUUGGGUACUUACUCCCUAUUCAUUUGGGAAGCAUAAAGUAGCUCUCACUGUGACUGGACACUUCUGUGUGUUGUUAACCCUGAUGUGACAGUGCAGGCUAUACUCACUUUCACUCCAGGCUCUUGAAAUUCCAUGUACUUGAGAGAGGUCUCUGAAUAAUGCAGACAUUUCCCUUGUGAGAGACAGCAAGCAAUUACAGCCCAGAUAAAACUGUAGGUUCUGUAUCAUGUAUCAAGUUAGGCUUCCAUAGCAUUUCACCUUCAAUGACCUUAAAGAGUAAGAAGAGAUGAAAUAAACUGUUACAACUGGUAUAACUUGGUUAUUAUGAGAUUACCAAGAAAUUACAGAUAACUUCUUAUUGUGUGGGGGUUUUUUUUGGUUUGUUUUUUUUUUGUCUCCUAUUUCUCCUAAUUAGAUCCUGCCAGGAUUUCCAGUUAUUCACAAGGGUUUGCUUUUAGCUGCGUGCCAGAAAAGUGCUAUUCCUAGUCAAGUCCAGUGGAGAAUUGUGUCUGUCAAAGCGCUGAACUUGACUUAGUUUUGAUCAUCUUAAAAAAGGAUCAGAAGGAUAAAGUUAAUCUUAAAUGGCAUAUUGUACAGUACAAAUCCUGGCAAAAAUAGACAAAUACUGUAGUUUUAAAUGUAUUCAUUAAAACAUUGAAUUUUAUUUAGAAGUGUAAAAAAAAAAAAAAAAAGGAUCAAAGUAAAUUUACAGAUCAUUUUAUUGUGUUCAUUCAAAUAAUCUAGAAAACUGAGUGUAAGAUAGUUUGCUCAAAAUCUCAACAAAUUCACCCUUGAACAUACUCCUGGAAGUUCCUUUGUCUUUAUUCUGAUGGUCUUAGAGAUACCAAGUCACCAUGCUACUUGAUAUCCUGGAUGCAGGAAGACGUUACAGAGGUAAGACUAAUCUCAGGAUCGUGAGCCUACCAGAAUGUAAGUGGAUUUGGCCCUUGAUCACAAAAGGAUUCCAUACCACUUGUGCAGCAUUUAUAUCUUUUCCUUAUCUUUUAGAAACUGUGGACUGCACAGAAAUGUUUUCUUUCCAAUUAAGAUAUCCCAGGUUUGUUUUUUUUGGGGUUUUGUUGUUUUUCUUUUCUUUCCUCUGGGUGGAUGAUUGGACUCACGGAUCAUAGAGAUCUUUUCCAACCGUGACAGUUCUGCGAUUCUGUGAUUCUGUCAAAGCCCAAGCAGUAACUCCACAGUCAUCUGACCCAGUCAAUAGUGAUUUCAUUCAACAGUGAGAGAACCUUGCAGGAAAAACAUACAGAGCAUUUGUCUGGAGCUGAGCUGUUGGAAGAGAGGGACAUACAUGGACCUCAUGAUGGAAGAGCAGGAAGGAGAAGGAAAAGAGGGAAAUGACUUGAUAGCCAUUUUCCCAUAGUCAAAGAUCUGCAAGGGCUUUGGACAGCAGCUGCUGUUAAAGCUUUUGAGAUGGAGAUAAUACCUGCUAACAGAAUUAUUGCACAGAUUGGAGAAAAACUCAUACUUACAUGCAAUACUACUGGCUGUGCAUCACCGAGUUUUUCCUGGAGGACCCAGAUGGACAACCCCCUUGGAGGAACAGUGUACAACCAUAGGACGUACUCUACGUUGACUAUGAAUCCAGUUAGCAUUGUGAAUUCUCAUGAUUAUCUGUGUACUGUCUUCUGUGGUGAGAAAGAUAAAAAAGAGAAGAGUAUCAAAGUUGAACUUUACUCUUUCCCCAGUGAUCCUGUCAUUGAGAUCAGCCCAUCCGUAAUUGCUGGAGAGCCAAUCACUGUCAUCUGCAAAAUUCCUGAUGUGUAUCCUUCUAAUGUCCUGGAAGUAGUCCUAAAGAAAGAGGAAAAUACUCUUUAUGAGAAAGAUUUUUACGAAGAUGACAGCACAGAUAUAGAGUCCAAAACUGUGACAUAUUCAUUCAGUCCCACAGCUGAAGACAUUGGAAAAGAGAUUACUUGUGUGGCCAAGUUACCAAUUGCUAAUACAGACUUUGAACCCAAAGAAAGAGUUACUUCUCAGAAACUGAAUGCAUACUUUGGUCCACAAAAUACUGUCAUUACUGCAUCUCCAAGCAACUCACCAAUGGAAGGAGACCAGCUAAAACUCACUUGUGUGACUGAGAGUAAUCCACCACCACAGAUAGUUUGGAGAAAACAUCCGGCUGAUGAAAUCAUUCAGCAUCUGAUAGAAAACAAUGUCCUUUCUAUUCCCCAUGCCAGUUUCACUGAUUCAGGACUGUACAUCUGUGAAGUAACUAAUCUGUCAACUAAUAAAACAGAGAAAGCAACUGUGGACAUUGUUAUACAAGGUGCUCCAAACAUUGCAGAACUCUCCAUUGUACCUUCUACAACAGUUCAAGAAGGAGAAAAUAUUUCUAUACAAUGUUCUGCUGAGAGUAACCCUUCUCCCAAGAUUAUUUUAAGGAAAAAAUCUGACAGUGCAGAAAUGGGGCCUUACAGUGAGGGGAGAAUUCUUCUUCCAUCUGUGACAUUCCUAGAUGGAGGAAACUAUGAAUGUGUAGCAGAAAAUAAGUUUGGGAAAAGCAAAAAUGAAAUAACACUUAUUGUGCAGUAUGGUCCAAAGAACACAGUGAUCUCGGUUAUCCCUGCUACUGCUGUUAAAGAAGGAGAAACUGUGACAAUGAAAUGUACUAGUUCUGGAAAUCCAGCUCCAGUGAUCUCUUGGAAGAAAAAGAAGGCCACCGGAGAGUCUGAGAAAAUUUUUAAAGAUGCAACUUUAACUAUACAGAACAUAAAAAGUACAGAUCUGGGGCUUUAUGAAUGUGAAGCUUAUAACCAGUUUGGCAAAGAAGAAAAAGCUGUGCAAUUACUUGUUCAAGGAAGACUGGAAAAACCUGAUCAAAUGGUACCACUGAUUGUUGCAUUCUCCGGUGUAGCAGCAGUAGCAGUACCUGUAGUUGCAAUUUUGAUCUACGUGUCAAGAAAAGCAAAGAUAAAUGGAUCCUACAGUUUUGUAAAAGCACUCAGGCUGAAAGUGUGAUCACAUGAAUUUAAGUCUAAGUUCAUAUAAGCCAUGUUAUUUAUUGUUGUGACUGAUUCUACUCUUCUAUAACAUAUGGUAACAAACAAGUGACUUCAGGCCAGGCCAUGUGAUAGGAAAUGGAUUUUUUUUUUUCAUGUUUUGAUAAGUAUUUCAGUAUUUAAAUUAACAGGAAAGCUAGAAUUCUGUCCUAGAGACUGGUAAACCACUUCUGUGUUGAAGCAUGCUAAGCAGAGUUCUUGGAGAACUAGGUUUGUACAUAGUGUAUAAUUUGUGUUAUAAAUAUGUUCAACUGAAUAUCAGUUUGUAAAAUUGCAGUGUUUCUGCAACUGUACAGAGAAAUGUGGUUAGUUCAAAGAUAGAAAUCAGCAUUACUUGGUUGAUCGGAUGAUAGUGUUUUAUUUUGUAUUACUCUGCAGAGUAAAGGUUUUAAUAUAA